CCGGGCUCUCCGCGCCUUUUACGCAUAACCAGAGACAAAAAACUGAAACGUCUCCCGACACAACGAGAGCCCCGUCGAGUCAAACAUGUCAACCUACGCCAGCUACCACGAGUCCCGACGCGUCACCCCCUCCGCGUACGGCAACCGCUUCGACACGGCGCAUCGCAAGAAAGCCGUGGGCAACAUCUUCGAGAACGUGAACCAAGAAUCGGUGAUGCGCCUGUUCCAGAAGACGGGCGACAUGAAGGCGGAGGAGCGCGUACGGAGCAUCUUCUCCUACUCCCACGACCCGGAGGAGACGUCAAGGGCGCUGAUGGCUUUGAAACAGCGCAAAAAGGACAAAUUUCUGCAGAUCGCCGGCAUGCUUCGUCAGCUGCUCAAAAUACGAUGAACGAACGGUGGUGCCAGAAGAUCCUAUAGGAGCUGGAUGUUGAGACGAACUUUCUGCCCCCGUUUCGAUACUACGGGGAUGUCACCUGAAUGCGUAAAAGGGUGAACUGCUGGUUGGUUACGCGCGGAUGGCAGUGAAUGGGGCCAUGCCGUGUGCGUAAAAAAGACCUCUCCAAAUGCGCAAAGUGGUGGAUACGCGCGGUGCCGUGCAGAUGCGACCGGACCAGCGCGUAACAUGAAGGGAUAUACUACUACGAGAUUGCCUUCAAAACUUGAAUCCUCAAAACUGUGGAUGCACGUGAGGCUGUGUGUGCACGCGAAGAUAUUUACUGUGACUGUUGGAAUAUGCACAGACUCAUUCCCACGCAGUGCCGACGUAAAAGACGUUUUGUACCACUAUUAAUAUUAGUUUUUAUUUUGCAUAAUUUCGAAAUAUGCCUUCUCUGUUUAAUGAAGAAGUAAAGAUGACCACUAGUGUGCGUCUAUUGUUGUCAUACAAGCACAAUAUGUUUUGAUGAUACGUUCCUAAUGUUGUUUUUUUUUUACAAUAAAUUAUUAACUUGUGUACAAAA